CCCCAUUUAAUUUUAAAAAAAAUUUAAGUCUGCUAAAUUAUAACUGUCCUGAAAAAUUAUCGCUUACUAAGAUUUUAAGAAGCCAACCACCGAUAAAAAAAAAUCCGAAAUGGAAAACAUCAUGGAAUACCGCAUGUUACCCGCCAUCAGUACAUUUCCCCAAUUCCAUCGACCUAUGUCAAUCCUGUCGCCCUUGGAUUUAUCCUUGCGUUCUUCAUCUAUUCCAAUUACACCACCAUCAACACCUUCACCCCCAAGAAAACGAUCAAAAAUGUUCGAAGAGCAAAACAACAUUUGGCGACCACAUACACUAAGCUACUUUGACGGGACACCAUUCAUCGGUCAGAAUCGUGCGGAAAAUCCUAUUAACAGGACAACAAGUUCAAGUUCUCCCAAAGCAGACGAGAAUGAGUGUAUUUUCAAGGAUAAAUCACAAACUGCCAGUUCGACUGAGGCUAGUUGUGGUGGAAAUGCUGGUUUGGGUGGUGAGAGUGAAAUCGACUGUCAAUCGAUAAAUAUUUCAGAAGAUGAAACAAUUAUUUUGACCGAAGACGAAAAUGACCCAGCUUCGGAUUCCGACAACGACGAGGAAUACGUUGACGUGUUAGGCAAUGAUGACGAAGAGUCCAGUAUACCGGCAACACAACUAUUUCCCCCAAAUGUCGAGGAAGAAAAUAUAAAUCCCCCAAAGGCGCUCACACGAGACAAAUUAGUCUACGAGGAUGAGGAAUUACACAAGAAGGCCAUGGACGGUUUUGCUAAGCUCUUUGUGAAAGAUUUUAAGAAUGACUUGUCAACACCGUCAACACAAACUGAACCAAAAACCAGUGAAAUUCUCCCGGCAAACACAAAUAUCCCAGAAUUUAGCAGAAGUUCAAAAAUGGAAAAGAAAAGAUUCAAAAUGCGUAAGCAGCUUUCACUGGACGAGGACAACACUAGUCCUGUGUCCGGAACAAUCAUAAGAAAACUACGCGAUGAUGAGGAACUUGUGGUGCGAAAAGGUGACAUUGAUCCGGCCUUCAAUGUGGUCGAAAUAACUGAGGAAGCAAAGGCGAUUUUGGCCAGCAUUGAUAACAAAAUUGGUGCAUACUUAUGUCAGCUGUGUCGAACUUUGUACGAUGAUGCCUUCCAGCUGGCUCAGCACCGGUGUCCACGCAUUGUACACAUUGAGUACAAGUGUUCCGAGUGUGAAAAGGUAUUCAAUUGUCCGGCCAAUUUGGCAUCACAUCGACGAUGGCAUAAACCAAAAACCGAAGCAAUGGGGGGUGCACAUCAGUUUAGAAAGCGUGGACCUGCGAUUGAAGGAGAAACAGUCAAGAGGACUGAUGGGGAAGAAACAACAUCUGAUGGGAUAUUUAAUUGCAAUCAAUGUGGGAAAUCAUUUAGAAGACAAGCUUAUCUCAAAAAACAUCUUGCUUCACAUCAAAUGCUAGAUGAACUAAAAGCAAUGGACUCAUACAAACAAAACAACAAUGCAUUCCCCCACAGUGCUUCCAACUACACAUUCCAUCAAGUAAACCAAUCUCAUCAUCCAGCACCAAAUCACUUACUACAUCCAGCUAAAACAUAUUCAAAUCAUCCACCAGCUGGAGUUCGAUUUCCAAAUUUAUUCACAAAUUUCGAUCAUCGAAGAUUCCAUGUGCUAAGCGAUCUCUAUUUAUCACAUCAACUUGAUCGUUCUUCAGCAUUUCAAUAUGUACAAAAUCAAAACCUCCGCGGAUUACCUAUGGCACCAAUGAUUCCACCUUUAAUGCAAAUGCCAGUGAAAUGACAGGUUUUGAGACCAGUGCCAAGGAUAGCACUGAUCAAUAGUACGACUACCAGCACCAGUACCACCGCAACAAAAGUUAAUUGUCACGAGCAAAGACCGCCAGUAGCGGCAGGAGAUGCUGCUACCAUCACAUCAGCACCUUGGACAAAUAAUUCAAUUGAAUUUACAAAUUUAUGAAGGGCUUCAGAGGAGCUAUAAAAAUGAGAUAAUGAAUUUAUUAUUGAACUUAUGUAUAAUAAAUGUUUUUAGCAUCAUUAUAAUCGAAUAUAAAUAUCUUGCAAA